AUGAAAGGCACAAAGUGGCUUGGCAGUUUCGGAAUAACGGCGAUUUACAACCAAGCUAGCAGUUUCCUAACAUGCGUUAACUGGCGGCAGUAUCAGCCUGUGAACAUUGCAAAGCGCCAGAAGCCUGACACUCGGGGUUCUAGACUUCGGGCUAAGCCGGCUCUCAGCGACCUGCUCUUGAGCUUAAAAAGGACAUACCCCGCCCCCUUUGCUCCCAAUGACUAUCUUUGCAAAACUUUUGGCACGUUCAGGGUGAAGGUUGAACAAAUUAAAUUCGAUCCACCCAGUUAUCGAGAUUUAGACAGAAAGGUUGUGGAGCAGCUCAAGCAGGUCUUCCAGGCAGGUCAGUGUAGACGUCUUGAUGCUGAGAAUCAUAUCCCCGCUACUGUCGCCAAACAUGAUCUUGAAGUGGCUCUUGGGCAAGCCGGAGUUCUGCAAGAAGUUCCUAUGAGUAAUGCAGACCUCAAACCUCUACUUUGUUUUAAUCCAGGAGGGUUACGAGGUCUUCAUGGGCGUCAUCGCAUCCAGGCGGCAUCUGAAGUCUUGGCCCCUCGUGACAGUUGGUGGACAGUGGACCUUUACCUAGACGAUAUUAGCGAUGAAUUGAAGGCUUCCCUGAUCGACGAAUAUGGAAAGGUGAAUCGUCCAUUUCGAAAGAGGUGGCUGGCAAAGCUUUCGCGAAGUAAUCAGGCAAGGUUCGAACGGAUUAAAAACUCCAAAAACCGCCCACUGCGGUGUGCUCUGGAUGCACUAUUGACUAUCCCUGGCCUAUGGCGUCAUGGAAUGCGGAUCAGUGCACUCCAGAGCCUGGUUUCCGUCAACUGCGAUAAUGAGAUCGUCAACUACCUCAGACAUAUACGACAUUUCUGGCUGUCUCUUGUGGACGGGAAUCCAAUAGCAAGCAAGAAGAUCGAUCACGACACGGUAGACCAAUUACAAUCAUUGGCACCUGGGUCAUGUAGUGAUGCCAAAAUAGCGAAAGAGCUAGUCUUAAGGGGUCAGGUUUUUGCUGCAUUUAGUGAAGCUGAGCGAAUUGGCAUCUGGGCACGAAUGCAGCGGUUCGAUGGCCUCAUCCCUUCCCUCUAUACCUUCUUCGAGGAUUUCAAAUACCUAGUAAGUUACGCGCACUGCAUCAAACGCCUCCUCGGCCACGUCAAAGGCUCAAUCCACACCACAAUGAAUCACAUGUUCGUCGCUCCGCCAGAAGGAGAGUGCCUUAUUCAAACGUCAGACUCCUCCUUCCGGACAGCACGUGUGAGCCCCAUGGAGCAGUUCGAACUCGGAUAUCGCCAGGUCUGGCUCUAUGCCAUGAGACACUACCCGCUAAUGCCGCCUGAUCCUAAGACUGACGCCAAGCUGUUCGCAAAUUCCAAUCGUGCAAAGGCUGAUGAGCAUACGGUCUGUAAGAUGGCUAGACUCGCCUACCGGCUUGGUUUUCGGUCGACUGAGAUUGAAGAACUGGUUAAUCGAUCCCCAGACCGGGCAAUUGCACGUACGGCAUUACUCCAGGAUCGUAAACCUGGUAUUUUCCGCUACGACCCCCACAUGUUUGAACUGUUAGUCGACAAGAUCAUCGAAUGCUUUCAAAAUGCUAUUCCGGACCAAGCCAGAACGUCUCCUGAGAAUCUCGCAAAUUUCGCUACAGAUCUACGCAUGCGAUGUGGCCUGUCGCGAAUGCAGAUGCAUAAUUACGAUAGCCUUUAUCUAUUUAUCGAUCAUCUGCAUGCGGACAAGGUUCCCAUGACCGAGAUAGUAACAGGCUUCUUCGUUCGUCGCUGUGUCUACUUUUCCUUUUUCGGGGACCUUACGUCAUUUCCACUACUCGAUUAUGACCCUAACAGUUACAAACCUUCUACUGCCACAGACUUGGCUGAUGAAGCUGGGCAUUUUGUGCCAGAUGAGGAUACCGCUGAUGAUACGCAUGUUUCAGGGAGAACCGGGGAACAGAUUGUGCAAGACCAUCGGUUGCAGCAAUCAAUCCAGGCAGACAACAGAAGGCGCUGGUAUGAGCAACAAAAAGUGGACAGUGCGGAUUUCAAAAGGCAUGAUCUCUCAAGUGUUAAUAGUGACUAUGGUGUAGCGGACUGUAGCAGUGCAAGUCCGGCAUUUUCUGAUUCAACAAUAUCCACGCCAGAGAGAAUUGACUCCAGUGCAGUCGAUCCCAAUUCCACUGAGCGCAGUACGGUCUUGGGUUAUCGUGGGGAUUUCGAGCUUGCAUCCGAUGUCCAGUCAGUCUCCUCUACUCCAGUUCCUGAUUUCGAAGAACCACGACAUGGAAUAGCUCAGCAGCACUUGGAUAUUGAACUGGCAGAGAUUUCCUUGAUUCCCGAGUCCCUCGAAUGGCAGUUGCAACAAGCAUGUUCUAAAGAUGUGACAGUUACUUCAUGA